AUGGAGACGGUCCCUGCAGAUUAUGGCAAGCGAGUUUAUCAAGGAGUGCGAGUGAAGCACACAGUGAAGGAUCUGCUGGCGGAAAAGCGGUCAAGACAGACGAGCGGCUCACGCUUCAACGGCAGCGUCGCAACCACACAGUCGUCGUUUCUCCCUCUCACAGGUUCCCCAGCUGUGUCUGGCUACUACGGGGUUCGGCGGUCCCUGAUGGCAGAUGUGGAUUUACAAAGUAGUAAGCAGAUCCCCAGCGAAGUCUAUGCAUCUUCCCUCCUAGCAAAGCCCUUUGCGUAUGAAUCCCAUGGGGUUCAGGGCUACCCUUCUUUGCUGGACACCUAUUUCAGUGACCAAUACGGGGACCACCGUGUCACGCCGGUGACCUCUGGCACUACAUCCCUCUUCGGAGCCUCGCCAUUACCCUCCGUCGUGCCAUCUUUCCCAAGUGACUCUGCUCACUUUUUAAGUGAGCAAGCCCUGCCCGACAGCCUUGGCCAACCAGACGUCUGUUCCGACUCCUUGCAAGCCUCUUCUGCCUCAGGCUUCCUUUCCUCCCAUGAGCCGGGAGGGCCUUCCCAGUACCGAAAUCCCAGCUGGAAUUCCCCUCUUGCUGGAACUCAGUCCUACUCCUUGCACGCUCUCGAAGACGUCCACUACACCUCCGGCUACUCAACUGCCUCCCCGUACCCUUUCUCAUCUUUUAUGACCGUGGCCAACGAUCUGGCACCCAAGAUGCUCCAUGCCUCGCCAGAGGAAUCUGCAGACACCACCUCUCUCCACGACUCUGGCUCUCUCUGGCCAAAGGAAGAUGGGAACCCGCUUUGGGGGUCCUACGAAUGUCGAAGGACUUACUAA